AUGAAAUUUCUAAUAUUUCUCGUAUUAUUCCAUUUUGUCACAGGUAAUUUAUCAAAAAUCUUUUUUUUUUCAAUCCAAUCCUUCCAACCAAUUAAAUUUAGCUGUUGAAAUUUCUCGAAUAUUGAAAGAUAAUCCAAUAAUUGCUCAAAUGUCAAUGUUUCAAGAGGAUAAUUCAACAAUUCCAAGUCAACGAUUUGUAAGUUUGAAAAUAUUUGAAAAUAAAAAUUUAAAAAAAUUUUAGAGUAUGAAAAGAUCUCCAAAUGAUCCAGUGUCGGAUAAUUUUCCAGAAAGAUAUCAUUUUACAAAUGAAAGUAUGUUUGAUUCAGCAGAUCCAGAAACAACUGAAAUUGAUUAUCGAGUAAGUUUUGAAUCUGAAAGAGAGGGAAAACAAGCUUCCAUUCCAAAACUUACAAUUAGGGUUCCUUUUUGAAUAACCAAAUCCCGGGAAUUUUUUUCUAAUAAAUUUAUACUAGAAAGGUUUCAGGAUUUUCCCGAAGUUGAGCCUUUAAAUUCUCCUCCAACUGGUCGUCUUCUUUCCGAUGAUCAACAAGAUGAUUCACUUUUACAAACUGCAAUUCAAUUCGAAACAUCAACAACAACAAAAAUUCCAUUCGCAGCAUCUGAAACUCUUUUUGAUACAACAGUUUCACAAAAUUAUCCAGCUAAGACUUCGCCAUAUUUCAGUGCUUUUCCACCAACUUCAACACCUCCAACUUGGUCGGCAGAAAAUACAAAAAUGUUUUUUGGAAAUUCGAUUGAAAGUUCUGAAGAGAAAAUUAGAAAUGAAAAUAAAGAAGAAUUGGAGGAAGAACAAGAAAUUGAAGAUAAUUCUGAAGAAGAAGAGGAAGAGGAAAAUGAAGAAAAUCAAGAAUUAACUGAUAUUUCAUCUUCUACAACAAUGGGAUUAAAAAGAACAACAUUUAAAGGAACAUCUUAUAUGGCAAUGGGUACUGUAGAAGCAACAACACCACAAAAAAUAACGAGAGAUUUUAAAAGAGAUCAAAAUGAAGCUAUUAAUUAUAAUGGUUAGUUUGAUGUUUCUAAAAAGUGAGAAUACUAGAAAAUAGUUAUUCAAAUUUUUGAUCCCACAUUUUUGAGAUUUGACGAGUGGCACUAUUUUUGAGCUGAAUGUAUUUUGCCAAAUUUCUAGAAAAAAUGGGAUACAUUUUUGAGACAACUUGAAAAAUAAGCAGUAAUCCAGAAAUCAAUGUUCCAAUUUUUGAAAGAUUUUUUAAAACAAAAUUCCCCAAGAAUUCUUCCCAAAUUUUCGAUAUUUUUUCAAAUUUUCUAACUUUUUAAUUUGUGAUAAUUUUCUUGGGAAAAUAGUUUUGUUCUGUUUAGAUUACUGUAGCAUUUCAAAUUUCUGGAACAAAAAAACGGGAAAAUUGUGGAGAUUUCGAGAAAUCAUUUCUAGCGAGAACUCUGUAAAAAAACUUGGUUUACUGAUUGUAAAUAAAAAUAAUAAUCUAAAUUUCGCAACAGGUCGAUAUUCUGUUUCUGCUACAAAAUAUUAUGUUGAUAAUCGAAUUGAUGGAGAACAUUAUCAAGAUGGAAUAUCGAAGAAUUUCGAAUCAGUUGAUCCUUUUGUUGUUGAAAAAGAAAUGAGAACAAUUGCUCGAAUGCAUGCAUCAAAAACACAUUCAUCAGAUCCUUUGACAUUAGAAAUGGAUCCAAAAAAAGACGAAUCGGAAGAAAAAGAUACUAUUUCGAAAGUUGAACAAAUUCAAAAAAAUGGAAAAGAUGUUGAAAUUCGAGAAAAUACUUAUAAAAAUCAAAAAACAGUUGUUGAAUUAUGGAACAAAUUAUUAUUUGGACAUGAUUAUUUGAGAUAUCCUGGCGCUAUUUUUGAUGAUAAAUUUGAUCAAAAUCGAAGAAAAUCGGGAGAUGAAAAAGUGUUUGCGUCGAAAAUUUUAUUGUCAAAUAGUCCAAUGUUGAAAGGUUUGCUUUAGUUCUCUUGGGAAAAAAAAUUAUAAUAAUUUUGCGUUUUUCAGGAGUUGAAGGUCCUCUGAAAACAAUGAUUCCAUCAAAUUCGAAAAAGAAAAUAUCUGGAGUUCGAAAUAUUUCGCCUGGAGAAAUUAGACCUGUUUGGAAAAUUACGGUAAUCAGUUUUACGUGAAGAUUUUUAAAAAGAGAUUUUGAGACACAGUUUACGAAAAAAAAUUCCAGAUUUUUAAAAAUUUCAAAAUGUAUUUCAGGAAGAUAUCGAAUCAGUUUGUUUCAAUUCGAAAAAAGAUACAGGAGUUGCAUCAACAAUUCAACCAUUUUUAUUGGAAGAAAAUAUUGAGAAAUUUGAUUGUUUAAAAAUGUGCGCAGAUGAAGAUGAAUGUAGUGUUGUAACUUAUUCAGAACCUUUGAAAAUUUGUGAAUUAUAUGAUGAACAAAAAGAAGAUGAAAUAAGAAUAUUAGGAAAAAGUUUGCAUCGAACUUUGGGUGGAAUUGGAUCGAAAAAAUGUAUAAAUGCUUUUGCUUCUGAUGAUUUUCGAUUUGCUGCAACAAGUGCUUCGAAAGAAGAUUAUGAAUUUGAAAAUAAAUUAAACAUAGAAGACGAAGAUAAUAAGUGUGUUUAUUCUCAAUUUAACUACAGUAUCCUCAUUUUUAUAUACUUAUUUGCAGUUCGUCUCAAUAUCUGCGUCUCGUCGAAAAAGACAAUACAACACCACAUGCAAUUGUACCCCCUUCUUCUUCUUUUUCCACUGACCAAUGUAUGUUUUUCUGUGUAUCUUCUCUAACAUUUUCUUCUCGUUUGUCGUAUGGGGGUAUAGCUCAGUGGCAGAGCAUUUGAUUGCAGAUCAAGAGGUCCCCGGUUCAAAUCCGGGUGCCCCCUUGUUUUUGCAUUUUUUUCAAGCUUCGAAAUUUCAGCUUCGCCAAAAUGUGCUCCUGAAGAAUCUGUAAUUUUUGUUCGAAGUGAUAAUCAAGAAGCGAGUCUUGAAUCAAAAAAAGAAAAAAGUUUAGAGAUAACCGAAGAUGAUUGUGUAUUCGCUUGUUUGACAAAUACAAGACCUGGUGGAGGAGAAUUAUUGGAUUGUUUAUCAUUGGAAUAUGAUAGAAGACGAAGUCUUUGUUAUUUGAUGCAAAAUUCACCACAAGAUGAAAUAAUGACACCAAAACCAAUAAAUCCAGUUGUUCUUUAUGAGAAAACAUGUGUAACAAGUUAGAGAAUUUUUCUAAAAUUGAUGAAAAUAAAAUAAUUAACAAUUUUCAGAACAAUCAGCUGCAAAAUGUUCAGGCGGUCAACCAAUUCGAUUCCGUCAAAAAGUAUUAAUUGGUCAUUUAAUUGAUGCACAACCUGUUGAAACAGCUGCUGAAUGUAUUGAUUUAUGUAUUUCGAAAUCAUCAACUUGUUUCAGUGUUAUGUUUUAUUAUGAUGUUAGUAUUUCAGAUUAUUUCAAAACCAUUACAACUUUUAUAUUUUCAGGAAACAACUUUGAAUUGUAUUCUGAAUGAUUCAAAUCAUUUGAGUCAUCCAAAAGCGUUUUUCGAUGAAACAAAUGCAAUUGUUGACUUUUUCAGUAUUCAAGAAUGUUUAGGAAUAAAAGAAGUUCGAAGGAAGUCAGUUAUUUUUUGUUAAUUUACAAAUAUAAUUUCCGUUUUUUUCAGACUUUUCAACAAAAGACGAAUAAUUCAAUGA